CCAAAAGAAAGUGACAUCCUCAUAAGAGCAGAGUCGCCGAGCGGAGUGUGUGUGUGUGUGUGUGUGCGCGCGCGCUGCUGAAGGACGGACUUGGACGCGUGGGGAGAAGACCCGAGAGUGCUACUGCAACACACAAACACGGGCUGAAGACGUGCAAAGACGAUAAAGCUAACGCUAACAUGGAGGAGAAACGGCCUGUUGAAAGAAAGAAGUCACCAAAAAUAUGUGGGACCAAUUAUCCGCUUAGCAUUUCCUUUAUCGUUGUCAAUGAGUUCUGUGAGAGAUUCUCCUAUUAUGGCAUGAAAGCGGUGCUCACACUUUACUUCAUCCAUUACCUUCACUGGAGCAAGAAUCUCUCCACUGCUAUAUACCAUGCAUUUUCUGGCCUGUGCUACUUUACUCCAGUAAUAGGGGCCAUCAUAGCUGACUCGUGGCUCGGCAAGUUCAGAACCAUCAUCUAUCUGUCAAUCGUGUAUGUCUUGGGUCAUGUCAUAAAGUCUGUUGGUGCGAUUCCAGACGUAGGGAACAGUGAUAUACACAUUGCUCUGUCCAUGAUUGGCCUCGUUCUCAUCGCUUUUGGGACCGGUGGAAUCAAGCCUUGUGUUGCAGCAUUUGGUGGAGACCAAUUUGAGGAAGAGCAUACAGAAGAAAGAAGGAAAUUCUUUUCAAUCUUCUAUAUGUCAAUCAAUGCUGGGAGUGUGCUUUCGACCCUCAUCACACCGAUUCUCCGAGGUGACGUUCAGUGUUUUGGAGGUGACUGCUAUGCUUUAGCCUUUGGAGUCCCUGCGGUUUUAAUGAUGGUCGCAUUAGUGGUUUUCAUUGCUGGUGGUACAUUAUACAAAAAGUCCCCACCGGAGGGAAAUGUCCUGUUGAAUGUCUGCAAAUGCAUUGGGUUUGCCAUACGCAAUCGAUGGAGAAGCAGCAAGAAAAGCCCAAAAAGGAAUCACUGGCUAGAUUGGGCAGAGGAAAAGUAUUCGAAAGAGGUUAUUCAGGAGAUUAAAAUGGUGCUCCGGGUGUUGGUUCUUUACAUUCCAUUGCCCAUGUUUUGGGCUCUCUUUGAUCAGCAGGGAUCACGCUGGACUCUGCAGGCCACUCGGAUGAACAUGGAUUUUGGUGGAGGCUUUGUGAUAAAGCCCGAUCAAAUGCAGAUGCUAAAUGCUCUGCUUAUUCUGGUGUUCAUCCCUAUCUUUGACAUGGGUGUGUACCCGCUCAUCGGCCUUUGUCGGAUCAACCUCACGCCUCUAAGGAAGAUGGCGGCAGGAAUGAUCCUUGCUGCACUUGCUUUCUGUGCUGCAACUGUAGUGGAAGUUAAUGUUAUUAAAACAGUUGUGAAACCUCCACCAGCCAAGGAGUGUCUGCUGCAAGUCUUUAACCUUGUCAAUGGAGAGCCUGUGUCUGUAGAAAUUUUAGGACAUAACAUUUUUCCUGACAAAAUAGAAUCAAAUAUGGAUCCUAUGGGAUAUACUACACUUCCUCUUGAAGACGUCAAUAAAGUCUUACCAAUCAAUGUUUCUCAAAAUGGAGCGAUUUACCAUUGCGAACUUAACGCCCAAGAGAAAACUGUCUACAGCCUCUUAUUGUAUAGUGAGGGCAGUACUAUUAUGUGUAAACAGGAGGAGGAUAAUAUCGAGAAAUCUGAGAAUGGAGAAGCCUUCCUCAGAUUCAUUAAUACUCACCCAGAAGAUAUGAACAUAACAAUAGGCAGUGUAAAUUUCUUUGCACCAAGCAAUUAUGGGAUUUCUGAGAGCUUAAGUGUUGAAAGAGGAAAGUACACGCAAGUUACUUGCAAAACAGACACACGGACAUUUCAAAUCGAUCUGGGGCUUCUUGACUUUGGUGCCACAUACACAGUCAUUCUUGGCGGGGAUACCGAAAGAGUACAAAUUCUUAAGAUGGAGGAUGUCCAAGCAAACAACGUGCACAUUGCCUGGCAGAUCCCACAGUACGUCCUCAUCACAGCAGGGGAGGUCAUGUUCUCACCCACUGGUCUAGAGUUCUCGUAUUCACAGGCCCCAGCCAGUAUGAAGUCUGUGCUGCAGGCAGGAUGGCUUCUUACUGUGGCUUUUGGGAACAUGAUUGUGCUGAUUGUGGCAGAGGGAGCAGGGCUGGAACAGUGGACGGAGUUUCUGCUCUUUGCUGCCCUGCUGGUUGCAGUCAGCAUCAUCUUCUCUAUCAUGGCCUAUUUCUACACUUAUGUGAACCCUGAUCAGAUGGUCAAGUCUGCCAAAGAAGACGACGAUACACCUGACUUAAAGGAGAUUAAAAAAGUCAAUAUGGGCAUGACUGUUGUCCCAAAAGGCACUAAGAUGUAGCAGCUCUUGUUGCUUGUCUUGUUGAUAUAAUUUAUACUAAAUCAAAUAAAAACUAAAUCAGUCAGGAAAUUGUGCUUACUGCAUUCAGAAGCAUUUCAUAAUGGAAAUUUUAGGACCAUCUAUGACUCUUAUUUGAUCUGUAUUUGAUCCCUUCUACUAAUGAACUUUAUACAUGUAUUUAAAGCAAGAAAUUACUAAACACAAAAUGUUUUUGGGUGUAUUUAUCUUUGUGUUUAUGCAUUUAAGACAUAGCACAUGUAAUUUAAAGAUUUAGGAUGUACAUUAUAAAUAUAAUAAAAGAUGUAAUAUUUAUGAUCAUAACCUAUAUAAACUGACUUUAGUCAAUUACAGAGCUGCCAUUUUAUUAAAGAUGGAUGUACAGACAAAGAGAUGUGUACUUCAGGGCCUCACAGCUCCAAGGCCCAGGAUUUGAUCCUGACAGUCUUUUGUCUGCCUAGUUUUUCUUGUGGAUUAGCAAACUGAAUUUUGUGUGUAUAAGUGUGUGUACAUGUCCUUUGGUAUUGUUCUGUCACGGUCCCAGAGUUCCCUGCUCUGGAUUGACCGCACCAUAACACUUCAUUUAUUUUGUAUACAAUUUAUGGACCCUGGUAUAAAAAGCAGAUUGUGAUUCGGCAGCCUAACUGUGAUAAGCAUGUACUGAAAAGGAAGCAGUGAUGGAUCGGUUGGCAGCAUCUGGUUUAUGUGACACAUCAACUACAGUAAUCAGGAGGAAUUUGCACAAACAUAUGUAAACAUAUCAGUGGUUAUGCUCUGUGACUUUUUGUGAUAUAAACUGUGUAAAUAAAAUUACCUUUCAGA